AUGGGCGCCGAUGACCUGGUCGGCUCGGUAUUCAAAUAUGCGUUCUUCUCGAUAGCCGCCGGUGUCGGUCUCUACGCAACCCUGCUGGGCCUGCUGACGACGUCCGCUUUCCAAUCGCACGCGGUUUAUUUACACGCAGUUCAAAUGACCUGGUUUAAAGACCUGGAUGUUCCCGAAUCCUUUGGCUUUUUGAAAAACCAGGUUACUCCAUUCUCCAUUGAGAGUCCGAGCGGUGGGCAGCUCUACGCCUGGCAUGUCCUCCCUAUAGAGUUAUACCGCAAGAACGAGCUGGCGCUUACUGCGGAGCCAGCUGGCUUUGUCGCUGACAUUUCCUCGAGACUUGCCUUUCAGCUGCUGCGAGAUGACCCCGAGGCUCGGUUGGUCAUUCAUAUGCACGGCGCAGGGGGCACUGUAGGCUCAGGCCAUCGGGUCCCCAACUAUCGGGCGCUAUCUUCCGGCCACCCUGGGAAGAUCCAUGUGUUGACAUUCGACUAUCGGGGAUUUGGACGGAGCGCGGGCGUUCCUUCGGAGAGUGGCCUGAUUGAAGACGCACUGGCUGUGACGAACUGGGCGAUGAAUGUGGCCGGCAUUCCUGCCUCGCGGAUCUUGAUAUUUGGGCAGUCAAUGGGCACUGCAGUGAGCACUGCUGUGGCCCACCACUACGCAGCCCAGUCACCUCCCACUGUCUUUGCGGGGAUGGUUCUCGUCGCGCCGUUCGUGAAUGUGCCAACACUAGUCUCGACUUACCGCGUGGCCGGCACAGUCCCGAUCCUGUCGCCGCUGGCUCGGUUCCCAGCGGUAUUUGACUAUCUUCUUCGUUUCAUUCGGGAUCAGUGGCUGUCGAAUGAGCGGAUUGCAAAUUAUGUCCGGCUCAACGAGGUCAACGAGGAGAAAUACCGUCUCACUAUUAUCCACGCCGAGGAUGACUGGGACAUCCCGUCGCACCACAGCCAGCUUCUCUUCUGGCAUGCAGUCAAUGGCGCAGUGCCUGCUGGAAUCACGUUUGAUGACCUCGGGCAGAAGAAGUUCGAAUCUCAGGUUGACCUUGGGGCGGCAGGCACUGUCAUGGAGUGGCGGACUGACCACGGCAUGAUCCGAGAAGAACUACUGAAGACUGGGCUUCACGAUGUUAUAAUGGGAUAUCCAAUCAUUACGAUGGCUGUAAUGCGGCAUUUCGAGGCGGCUGAUCCUUCAUUCACGAGGUAA